UCCGCAUCCCGCUGCGCUCCCUGACGUCACCGCCGGUGGCGGGCGCGCUCCCGCCCCGCCGUCUCCGUGCCUGGGAGCCGCACGCGCUGCUCGCCCGCCCGCCCGCAGAUGGAAAUGUCACAAGAUGAUGAUAACAUGGAAGAAUACCCCACUGAAAUUCAUGAUUAUCUCACAGCAUUUGAAAAGUCCCUUGGUUCUGUAGAUGAGAUGCUGAAGACAAUGAUGUCAGUUUCUAGGAGUGAGCUUUUGCAAAAGUUAGAUCCUCUUGAGCAAGCAAAGCUGGAUCUGGUUUCGGUGUACACAUUAAAUUCUAUGUUCUGGGUGUACUUGGCUACCCAGGGAAUCAAUCCAAAGGAACAUCCAGUGAAACAAGAGCUGGAGAGAAUAAGAACAUACAUGAACAAGGUCAAAGAAAUAGCAGACAAGAAGAAGGCAUCCAAACUCGAUAAAGGAGCUGCUUCUAGAUUUGUAAAAAAUGCACUCUGGGAACCAAAGGCAGAAAAUGAACAUACUUCCAAAACUCCUGCUAAAGGAAAAAAGAGACAAAGGGACUAAAUCUUUUUUUCUCCUCAUAAGAAUUGUGGACACCUAGAACUUACUUGGAAUUGUUUUGCAUACUGCAUGCAUCUCAUAGAAGGGCUGUGUAACAGAUUAAUUUAUACUCACAAAUUUUACAGGAUUGUAUUUUGUCCAGAACAUUUGUCACUGCAGUGAUCACAUUUAAUGUGUAUCUAAAAGUGCCAUUUGAUGCACAUUGGACAUUUCAUUACUCACAUGAUAAUAACCUGACAUAUACUUGCUGGUAAUAAAUGCUAGUGAUGUUUUGUUUAUAAUGCCUAUGAAUUCAAUUUUUUAAAUGAUUUAUUGACACUUUUUUAUAUGUCCUCAAUCUCCUCAAUAUUAAGAAGUUUCAAACACUGCUAUCCAGUCUGUGGUGUUUAUGAAAGAGCAUUGUGUGAAAUGCUUUAUUUUUAGAGUUUUGUAAGGUUUAUUCACUGUAUUAAACUCUUUUCAACUUGAA